AUGUUUCAAGGGUUUGUUUUUGGGAUUAAUGACGUGUACGGCCACGAAUUCUCCGCCGUGUCACUGCCGGAAGUCACGGUCGGUAACUUAACGGAAAAAGUAGACGACACGGCGGUGUUCAGCACCGACGAGUUUCGGAUGUACUCUUACAAGAUCCAACGGUGCCCAAGAAACCGCAGCCACGAUUGGACGGAAUGUCCGUAUGCACACCGUGGCGAGAAGGCGCAACGCCGUGACCCACGGCGGUUCAAUUACACUGCUGUGGCCUGCCCGGCUUUUCGAUCGGGGAGCUGUCCGAAGGGAGAUUUUUGUGAAUUUGCUCAUGGGGUUUUCGAGUAUUGGCUUCACCCGGCUCGGUACCGGACCCGGGCCUGUAAUGCCGGCCGAUUUUGUCAAAGGAAAGUUUGUUUUUUUGCUCACUCGCCGGAGGAACUCCGGCCUGAAACCAAACACAAGUUUAAUUUGAAUGCUCAACGGCAGCGUGUGGCGGUGGCUGCCGUUGAAAGUCCGCCGGAGGAAAAGAAUGACGGAAUUUUGGAAAUCCCCGCGAGGGAGAACGGCGGUGGACGGAAAAAUGAACGGAGUUUUGGAUUUGAUGUGUCGGAAUUGGAGUUGCCGCAUAUUGAAUGGAUAUCGGAAUUGUUGAAGUAA